AUGUCGCACAUCCUCGAGCCGCUCGAUGCGCCAUCAUCGUACCGCGACUCGCGCUCGCACAGCUCCAAGCACGAGCAGCAGCAAGCUUUGCGCCAAACUGCGACGCUCUACCUGGGCAAUCUGUCGUUCUACACGACCGAGGAGCAGAUCUACGAGGUCUUCGGGCGCGUUGCCAACGUCGGUGCGGGCGGCGGCAUCAAGCGCAUCAUCAUGGGGCUGGACCGCAACCAGAAGACGCCGUGCGGGUUUGCGUUCGUCGAGUUCUACACUCACGCCGAGGCGGUCGACUGCAUGCGCUACGUCUCGGGCACCAAGCUCGACGAACGCGUCAUCCGGUGUGACCUGGAUCCCGGUUAUAAGGAGGGCCGACAGUACGGGCGCGGUCGAAGCGGCGGUCAGGUGAGGGACGAGUACCGCCAGGAGUACGAUGCAGGCAGGGGUGGGUGGGGACAUAAUAGGCUGAGGGAGGAGGAGGAGAGGAAGAAGAUCGAGGCAGAACAGCAGAGGAGGCUCGAGAGGGAGCAGUUGUAUCAGGAGCAGGCGGGCAUGGAUUCGGGCGGUGGAGGUCUCGUGCCGGAGGGCGCAGAGCAUUUGUACGAUGAACUCGAGGCAGAUGCAAGAGGCCACGCUGCCCCCACAGCCGCGCCGCAUGCCAAGAGAGAGAGGAGCUACGACCAAGAGGACCAGGAACUCUAUGGCAAGUCUGAAAAGAACCCCAGAUUCAGGGACGACGACAACGACGACGACGUCUAA